GAUCCUAUUUUGCAUCUAUUCAUUCUUCCUUUCGCGUGAAUACCUCUCCGUGUUCUUCCCUGACGAAAUGAACAAAAUUGUGAUCCAAAUUCUACUCUGAAAAACCUGGAAAUCAUCAUCUUCGAUCCAUUAUGUUUCUCUGUAUAAAAUACUAGAGAUCACACUCGGAAAAUGCCGUGAACAAACAACAUUAUCUCUAAUGUCAAUUCCACCACCUUCGUCAGAAUCCGAACAAACCGCAUACAAUUCCAUCGAUCAUGUCUAUAGAAACCUUCAUCAGAAUUGUCAAACCUCCCAUUCAAUCGUUAAAUUGAGGAAAAUACCUCCGAUCCCGAUCCGUCAGAGCCAGAGCAUGGCUGCAAUGGCGGAAAACAACGAAGGAGAGUGCAGUGACGACGGUGAAGGUGACGGUGAUGGUGACGGUGAUAGCAAAGAUGAUGUGAAUUACGAUCGUCAGUUGGAGGAGGAUUACAUACUCCAUGCUUCCUCCCUUGGCCUAAACCACAUUCGCACUUGUUCUGUUCCUUCGCCUCUUAGGGUCGUUUCUCCGUCUGCUACCCCCUCAAAAUUGGGUAUAAGUAAUAAAGAUAAGACUUCAACUCCUCCUCCUCCUCGUGAAGUACACACAAAACAAUUUCCUAGAAUCACUGAUCCAGGCAAGAAGGUAUCAUGGAGUCAAUCUAAAUCCUUGCGCGUCCUUCCACCAGCCAUUGGUGGACUGGAGGGUAAUGCAUCUCUUUCCAAGGAGCUGCAAUCUCCAAGAUUUCAGGCCAUACUGCGUGCUACAAGUGGUCGUAAGAAGAGAGUUGCAGAUAUCAAAAGUUUCUCUCACGAGCUCAGUGCCAAAGGAGUAAGGCCUCUACCUUUCUGGAAAUCUCGUGGAUUUGGGCGUGUGGAGGAGAUUCUGGUGAUGCUCAGGGGAAAGUUUGAUAAAUUAAAGGAAGAAGUCAAUGCUGAUCUGGGAAUCUUUGCUGGAGAUCUGGUAGGCAUUCUUGAAGAAACAUCAGUAUCUCACCCCGAAUGGCAAGAAAAUUUGGAAGACUUGUUAAUUAUAGCAAGAAAGUGUGCAAAAAUGACAUCCAAUGAAUUUUGGCUGAAAUGUGAAAACAUUGUUCAGAUUUUAGAUGAUAGGCGCCAGGAUUUAUCCACUGGUAUCCUCAAACAAGUGCAUACCCGUCUUCUAUUUAUACUUACACGAUGCACUCGGCUUGUUCAGUUCCAUAAAGAGUGUGGUUAUGAAGAAGGCCACCAUAUUUUAGGUCUUCACCAGCUAAGCGAUCUUGGUGUCUAUCAAAAAGUUAUAGAGUCUACAUACCAAAACUUCAGUAGCUCAUUAGAAGAAUCUGAAGUCACCGAAACACAAAUUACCAAAAAUGCCCAUGAAGGGAAUGAGGAACAAAUUAAAGCAAAAAUGAUUUUAGAUGGAGAAAUUGACAAUGUGGAGGUUGAUACUGCAAAAAGUGUUGCUUCAUCCGCGAGUAGCUACAGAAUGUCAUCUUGGAAGAAAUUUCCAUCCAUAAAGAAUCUGAAAGACCUAGAUGAGAUUGACACCCCGACAAAAGAAGACUCUGACCAAUUAGAACCUAAAGAUGACCAUGUUUUGAAUAUUGAAAUACCAAUCUGCCCUCCUGAGAACUUGGAGACACCAUCAAAUCUAACAAGAGUGUCAUCCGGGGUUUCUGUAAGUCAACAUCAUGCAGCUUAUGAGAGUUCAUUGAUUUGUCGUAUAUGUGAAGUUGAAAUACCCACUGUACAUGUGGAAGAACAUUCUAGAAUAUGCACCAUUGCUGAUCGAUGUGACUUAAAAGGUUUAACAGUCAAUGAAAGACUCUGUAGAGUUUCAGAAACUCUUGAAAGGAUCAUUGAUUCAUGCACACCCAAAAGUGCAGAUAUUGCUGUUGGAUGUCCAGAUGUUGGGAGAGUAUCUUUAUCCAGUACACCAGAAGAUUCUGAUGAAUCAUCACCCAAAACUCACCGUUUGUCUUGUCGAUGCUCUGAAGAGAUACUCGAAUGUGUCCAUGGAGUUGAUGCUCCUUAUGUGAUGGACAACCUGCAAAGUUUACCAGACAUGAAUAGUGAAACACGUGGAAACUUGACACCUGUCACAUCAUCAUGUUACAAAGCCUCAUCAGGUGGAAGCUUGACUCCUAGAUCACCUUUACUAACACCGAGAGCCAGCCAGAUUGAGGUGUUCUUGAGUGAAAGGAAGACAUCUGAGCAUGAAAACUGGCAGCAGAUAAAUAAGCUACUGGAAAUUUCUCGAUCUGUGGCCAGUAUCAACACUAAUGACUACAGUGCCCUGGAGAUCAUGCUUGAUCGUUUAACAGACCUCAAAUAUGCUAUCCAGGACAGAAAGGUGGAUGCCCUUGUUGUCGAAACAUUCGGUAGACGUAUAGAGAAACUAUUACAGGAGAAGUAUGUAGUUCUUUGUGGGCAGAUAGAGGAUGAUAAGAUAGAAUCAUCAAGUAACUUGGCGAAUGAAGAUAGUUCAGUAGAAGAUGAGACAGCUCGUAGUAGUCUACGUGCCAGCCCUGUGAAUACAUUCUCUAAAGAUAGGACAUCAAUUGAAGAUUUUGAAAUUAUAAAACCAAUCAGCAGGGGUGCAUUUGGACGAGUUUUUCUAGCCAAAAAAAGGGCAACCGGUGAUGUAUUUGCCAUAAAGGUUUUGAAGAAGGCUGAUAUGAUUCGUAAAAAUGCGGUUGAAAGUAUUUUGGCUGAACGCGAUAUACUGAUAUCAGUUCGAAAUCCUUUUGUGGUUCGGUUUUUCUACUCAUUCACAUGCAAAGAAAAUCUAUAUCUGGUAAUGGAGUUUUUAAAUGGAGGAGAUCUUUUCUCUUUGCUGAGAACUCUAGGCUGUUUAGAAGAGGACAUGGCACGUGUCUAUAUUGCAGAACUUGUUCUUGCACUGGAGUAUUUACAUUCUUUGAAUAUCAUUCACCGAGACCUGAAGCCAGACAAUUUGUUGAUUGGUCCAGAUGGCCAUAUCAAGCUGUCAGAUUUUGGGCUAUCGAAGGUAGGUCUGAUCAACAGUACAGAGGACUUAUCAGGGGGGGUAUCAGAAAACAGGACCUCUAUUUAUGGGGAAAAUGAUGUUGCUGCUACACCAGGAAGAGAACGUCAAAAACAGUCGGUUGUUGGGACUCCCGACUAUCUGGCUCCUGAGAUACUUCUAGGCGUGGGACAUGGUGCAACAGCUGAUUGGUGGUCUGUUGGUGUUAUUCUUUUUGAGCUACUUGUAGGGAUACCUCCGUUCAAUGCAGAAUCUCCACAGCAAGUUUUUGCCAACAUUAUGAACAGAGAUAUACCAUGGCCAAAGAUCCCUGAGGAGAUGAGCUAUGAAGCAUAUGAUCUGAUUAAUAAGUUGCUGACUGAAAAUCCAGCUCAACGCCUUGGUGCCAUAGGGGCUGUACAGGUAAAGACGCACCAUUUCUUUAAGAAUAUCCACUGGGACACACUUGCAAGGCAGAAGGCGACCUUCAUACCAUCUGCUGAGACUCUGGACACGAGUUAUUUCAUGAGCCGGUAUAUUUGGAAUCCAGAAGAUGAGCAUGUUGAUGGAGGCAGCGACUUUGAUGAUAUGUCUGAUACAGGCAGCACAUGUGGUGAUAGCUCUUUCGGCAAUAUGCUAGAGGAAGAGGGUGAUGAAUGUGGUAACCUGGCAGAAUUUGGUGCUUCAACUCUCAAUGUCAAUUACUCAUUCAGUAAUUUCUCAUUUAAGAACCUGUCUCAGCUGGCUUCUAUCAAUUACGACAUGCUUGUAAAGAGUGCUCAAGACUCGAUAGACAGUUCUAAUAAACCAGCAGUACCAUGACAACCUACCUAAUCAAUCAUAUCAUAUCAUAUCACUGCUUCCAUUUAGCUGCUGCUGCUACCUGCUUAAUUCCUGGGCUGAAUGCUUUACUUGUUCUUCAUUCAUAUUCCAUUUCUUGCAUAUAUUCCAGUUCCACCACCUCUCAAG